AAAAAUGAUGGGAGUCAAUUUAAACGACGCGCGCGCACACCGACACCUGAAUUCUAUAUCGUAAAGUUACUUCUAGGUGGCAUGAAAGAAAAAAGUAACAGUGUGAAGUUGGUCCUAAAAUUUUCCGACGUUUGCGUCAUUCGUUUUUUUUUUCUUCGGCCAUUAUGAGGAUAGGCAAAGUGUUCAAGACCAUACAGCCGUAUUCAUUAUUUAAUAAUUAAUUGCCAAAGCCAUGUUUGCAAGAUUUUUACAAAACUCUCUUUCUAAAACCGUAGAAUAGCACGAGGAGGAUAGGCCAAAGAAGUAUAACUUCUUGCGUGCAUACAUAAGUACACACACACUUUUUAUUUUUAUUUACCACACAUAGCAACUAUCACUACGACAGACCUAAUGCGACAGUUACAAACAAACAAGAAUAAUAUAUGUUAUAAAUAUUUAAUUGUUACCUAGAUUUCUAAGUCAAGUCGCUUCAAAAGUAGCAACAUCCCAUAUUAAAAUAGCCACGAAAAACACUGUUGAUUGCAAACCAAGCAAAAUCCACGUUUGUCAAAUGCAUACAUAGCAAUAUCCUAAUUGGCCAAUCACAGCCCCUCAUGUAUCACGAAUUAGUAUGGCGUCUAUUGUUUUGGAAGCUAGAGACCUCUCCGUGUUAUCUUGUAUUUUUUUAAGUUCUGGUGGAAAAUUCGUGGAAAACUUUAAUCAUGGAUUGUUCUCCUGUAGCUGUAGAUAAUCGUAUAGCUCGAAAACGUAUUGCACAUCCCGAAAAUUGGAAAAGGAAUGUGGCCAAAGUUGAAAGGUAUUCACCGAAAACAUUUGCUGUCAGACCGUUAUGUAAUCAUAAUAAAAAAUUUGAGUGCAAAAAUCUAAAAAUGUCCGAUGUUAAAUCAUUUUUUGAAGGAUUUUAUAAAUUUAAGGAUAAAACUAAUCAAGAUGCUUUCAUAUUGAAACACUGCUCAGUAAAGUCGAUUCAACGUCAUCGUCCAAAAAAUAACAAGCACAAGCCAAAAUCUUUUCAAAUUAGCUACUUCAUGUACAGCCUCUCUUCAAAGAAGCGAGUGCCUGUUUGUCAAACAUUUUUUUUGAAAGUGCUACAAAUUACUAAGUACCGGGUCCAAACGGUAAUGAAAGAAUAUUUUGAAAAUGGAGUUUUACUCACUGAAAAAAGGGGUGAAGAUCGCGUUUCCCAGAAAAAUGCUCGAAAGAAACUUGCAGUUAUGGGUUUUAUUGAAAAUUUGCAUUGUGAUGAGCCCCAUUACUGCCGUGGGAACACCAAAAGGUACUACUUAUCGUCAGAAUUGAGUAUCAACAAAUUAUGGCGACUGUACAAUACUCAGGCUGAAAGUGAGUUAAAAGUUAAGUCGUCAUAUUUUCGAACAGUUUUUACGAGGAAUUACAAUUUGGGGUUCGGAACGCCUCGAACUGAUGUUUGUUCAUUUUGCCUUCAGUUUGGUGAGAAAAUCAAAACGGAGACGGAUGUUAGUAUCCGCAAUGAUUUAAUUAUAAAACAAAGACUGCAUAAACUAAAAGCUAAAGCGUUUUUUGAUUUAGUUAAGGAACAGAAACCGGAAUUACUUAUACUAUCAUACGACUGUCAGAAAAAUUUAUGUUUGCCCAAAACCCCAGACCAAUCAGCGUAUUACUCCCGACAGAUAAACUUGUUUAAUUUCACUAUUGUGCAGGGUUCGUCAAAAAGUAAAUUAGAACCUUCAAAUGUAUUUGCAUAAGAAUUUUCUGCCCAGCAAUAUGGGCAGAAAAUUCUUUCCCUAAAGCGUCAAAUCAAAUUGCAUCAGCUAUUUAUCAUAGAUUACAAAAUACUGAUUUAAUUGGUAUCAAGACAGUUCGCUUGAUAGCCGAUGGUUGCGCUGGACAGAACAAAAAUACAACAGUUGUGGGAAUGUGUGCGAAGUGGCUUUCUGAAGCCCCCUCCCAUAUAAAAAGUGUGGAGCUUAUAUUUCCAGUAGUGGGUCACUCAUUUAUACCCCCUGACAGGGUUUGCAAGGAUUGAAAAAGAAAUUAGAAAAAGGGAGAUAAUCGCUAAUCCAGAAGAAUAUCACGAAAUAAUUAAAGAAUGCGCAACACUUAUAACUUUAGGAAAUCACUGUAAAGUAUUUGAUUGGAAAGAUGCAGCUGCGGAUGUUUUUAAGCCUGUAGGCAAAUGGCAUUUCAAAUUUAAAAGCUGCAAACGUUAUGUACUAAAAUGUUCAAAGAAGGAAGGAAAUAUUUUGAUUAAAGGAUACGUACAUUACAAACAUGACGAUAGUACUUUCAAAAAUGUAAACCUGCCAGGUGUGCUUACAUCUAGUCUCAAUCCGAGGGAAAUUUUUGCAACCAAUAGUGUCAGCGUAGCAAAAGCAACAGAUGUCCGCAAAUUAUUAACUAAUCACUAUGGCAACAAUUGGGAAUCUAUUGAGCGCUUGAGUUUUUAUGUUAAUUUGGUGUCUCAUAAUCAGUCAAGUGAAGAAAGUGACACCCAAGGAGGCACCCACAAUAUGUCUGACAUGAUUUGUGAACCGCAAGAAUCAUUCACAGAUUUGUAUGUUUAAUAAUUAUUAUGUAUAGGUACAAUUCCAUAAAUCUUGUGGCUAAAGUUACCUUAAUUUGAUUAAAUACAAAUAGUAUUCUGAUUUAUUAUUUUUAUUUAUUUGAAACAUUUUUUUCAACUUCUUUCAACUAGGCAUGAAAAAUGUUAGUUGGUAAACUACUUCAUGCAAACAUGGUAAGUACAGGAUUCCGCAAAAAGUAUCAAAAAUGUUUGUUCCUCAAUAUCUGUAUUCAAUAUGGCGUCAUAAUUUAGAAGUUAGGAACAAACACAGCAACAUCAGUUGAAGUGAGAUUCAAAUACAGCAAUUAUCAAAUGUCAAAUUCAAAUACAGCAAAAUCCAUUUAUGUUUUGCUUUUUUUUAAUUAAUCGUUUUAAUUAUUUGUUGUUUUGAAUUGUAUUAACAAAAUAUUAACAUCUAUUAAUCAUAAUAUAAAUUUGUUUCCAUGAAAAUGCAACUGUACGUGUCUGAAUAAAGUUUUUUUCGUUUUACCAGUAACUGUCAAAAAAGGAUAUUGCUUGUUUUGCUUUUAUAUGAUUCAAUUAACAGAUACAUACUUUUUUUUCUUAUCUGAAAGCUCAUAGACAAAAUAUGUUAUUUUCGUUUGCCCAUGUUUGUCCCACCUAUUCUAGGACAUCCAGAAUAUAACAAAUAUUCUUAAAAAUUGAAAGAUAAAAAGAUUUAAUUUAUAUUAUUAAAUAUAUCCGGUCCGAUACACGGAUACUCGAGUAGCACACAACUCUGGGGUUGUGCUCCUUCUCGCGCAACAAAUUCACCACAAACGUUGCUAGAAAAAAGUCUCUACGGAUGCUCAACUCAUUAUACCCUACUAUACCCAGCACGGACAGUGUCGGGUACAUAAGUGGGUUAAAUGGGUAUACUCCUUGAAGUAUAGGUGUCUAAUUGGCAUUUUGUGGUAGGAAAAAAUCUUAUGGGUUCGCGUCACUGAUAUAAGGCACGCUAUAAAUUAAUAAUUAAAAAAUUGAAUAUAAAUGCUUAUAGCAGUAUAUCUGUAGCCAUAUAGCGGACGUAUUGUGCAGCAUUAGUGCUGUGUAUAUCCUAUAAGUGAAAUUGAAUGGAUUUAAUGAAAGAUUCAAUGUGUAUUGUAAAUUGUUGAAAUAGUGUUUUUGUUUGAUUAAUACAUUAAACUUUCACUUCCAUCGGCAGUUUCUACAAUUGUCAAUUUGUUUUUCUUAUGGAAGAGUUCUCAUUCGAGCAUACGGAUCACGUAAAAUAGUUUGAGAACACGUAAUCACGUGACCCAGCUGCCACGGGAAGAGAAUACCAGUCGCAGUAUAUUAUUAUACCAUCGUUAAAGCAAAUUAUGUUUCAGCAGCGUGUGCAACGCGAAUUCGUCACUGCAGCAGCUGCUGCUGGUGCUGCCCGCGCUGCGCGGGGCCGAUGUGGCCGUGCGGCGGUUCUGG